AUGGCGGUGCUUGGUUCGCUUUUCCUGCUCCUCGUGCUGGAAAAAUCACCGAACUUUACCCAACUGAAUGGACUACUGGCGGAACCCAUUAGGGAUUUGCCCCAACUGAAUCUUUACCUGCGGGAGAGUAAACAGCACCAGGAUGCGGCAAAUCCCUAUGUCCAGUGGUUCCUGCAUCAAUCGAAGAAGCCUUUGAGCAUCCACACAUACGAGGAAAGUCAGGAUUGGGCAGAAGAUCCUUUUGGCCGGGACUAUCUGGUCCUGGUGAUGAGUUUGGGCCAACUCGUAUCCAAUCGUGGAGCCGCUGCUCCCAAUCAGAAAGCUGGUGUUUUUUUCUAUAUCCUGGCAGAUCAAAGCGAGGACUUAAGCGCCCAAGAACAACUUCUUUUGGAGCGCAGUUGCCGCCAAUUGUGGAUGCUGCACAAAAUCUACAAUCGUUUCUUUCUAACCAGAGAUGGUAUUUGGAUCUAUGAUCCUUUCAAGCGUCGUGAUUCCGCCUUUGGUCGACUGGUGCGAUAUUAUGGGUCAGAGCCCCUGGAUAAACUACUCUUCCAUGACAUUAAUGGCUAUCCCCUGCGGAUUCAGAUGUUCAGGUCCGUGUACACUCGUCCGGAAUUCGAUAAGGAUACGGGCUUGCUGACCAGUGUCACUGGCGUGGACUUCCUGGUGGCGCAAAUGCUUAGGGAACGACUCAAUUUCACCAUGCUGCUGCAGCAGCCAGAUAAAAAUUACUUCGGAGAACGCAGUGCGAAUGGCAGUUACAAUGGCGCCAUAGGAUUGAUCAUCAACGAUGGCGUGGACAUUUGUCUGACGGGAUUCUUUGUGAAGGAUUACCUGGUGCAGCAGUACAUGGACUUCACGGUGGCCGUCUACGAUGAUGAAUUGUGCAUUUAUGUGCCGAAAGCUAGGCGUAUUCCCCAAUCGAUAUUACCCAUUUUCGCAGUGGGUUACGAUAUUUAUUUGGGCUUCAUUCUGACCGCAUUUGCAUGUGCUCUGAUUUGGUUUACUUUGAGGGUGAUCAACUUGAGACUGAGGAUAGUGAGUCUGGGCAAUCAGCAUCUCUGGGGACAGGCAUUGGGCAUAGUGGUGGACACUUGGGUGGUCUGGGUUCGGGUCAAUUUGAGUCACUUGCCAGCGAGUUAUGCGGAACGAAUGUUCAUCGGAUCCCUCUGCUUGGUGAGCGUGAUUUUUGGUGCUAUUUUCGAGUCCAGUUUGGCCACCGUCUUCAUACAUCCCUUGUACUACAAGGAUAUAAACACCAUGCAGGAGUUGGAUGACAGUGGCCUGAAGGUGGUCUACAAAUACUCCUCGAUGGCGGAUGAUCUGUUCUUCAGCGAAACAUCGCCGCUAUUCGCGAGUCUCAAUAGCAAACUCACCUGGAACCGAGAUCUUCGGGCGGAUGUCAUCGAUGAGGUGGCCACAUUUAGGAGCAAAGCCGGAGUGUCCAGAUUCACAUCCCUGACACUGGAAUCCUCGCGAUUCACAUUGCUUCGCCAGAUUUGGGUGGUUCCGGAGUGUCCCAAGUAUUAUACCAUCUCGUAUGUAAUGCCAAGGGAUUCACCCUGGGAAGAUGCCGUGAAUGCUCUACUUUUGAGGGUACUCAGCGUGGGACUCAUUGUCAAAUGGAUCCAGGAAGAGAAAUCCAGGGUGGACAUUAAGAUGCGGCUGAGUAUCCUGGAGGCCAAUGCCGAAUCUGAUCUUGUGAGGGUCCUAACUAUUGGAGAUCUUCAGUUGGCCUUCUAUGUGGUCAUCGGGGGAAAUUUGCUGGCCUUUCUUGGCUUUUUUGCGGAGCACUUUUGGCGGAAAUCACUAAAGAAGUAG